AUGCCCUCAAAAGAGAAAAAAACUGCAGGAACUGAGGAAACUGAAGAGGUGGAUUGCAACGUGGAGGAAAAGGAGCCAAAACCGAAAGGGAAGAUCAAGUCUGACGCCAACGGAGACACCAAGCCAGACGGAGCGAAGAAGAGUAAGAAACACAAGAGCCCAGAGGAGUCUGAGGAGGAACCAGAGAAAGAGAGGAAGAAAAAAGGGGAACGCCACGAUAAGGUGAAAGAGAAAAAAGAAAAUAAGAAAAAGAAAGCAGAAGAUGAUGCAGAGAAGGGGGAGGGGGAUGAAGUGAUUGAAAAUGAGGAAGAGGGAGAUGACGAGCAGAACAACAAUGACACCAUCAAAACCAAACCCAAGAAGAAGAAAUCCGAAGAAGAGGACAUGACUGAGGGAGAAGUUAAGGAGGAAAAGAAGAAGAAAAAGAAAAAGAAGUUGUCUUCCGAGGGAGACCAACAGGGAGAGGAGGAGAUGGGGUCCAAAGGCAGGAAGUCCAAAGAUGGAGGGAAGAAGAAGAAGAAAGCUCAGGAUGAGGAGCCCCUCUUGGAAGAUCAGGAGGGAGAAGAAGAAGACUCCAAGAAGAAAAAGAAGAAGAAGCCGAAGAAGGGAUCAGCCGACAGCGAUGAGGACAAGAAAGACAAGAAAGGGAAGAAAGGGAAGAAGCCCAAGGCCAAGCAGGUGGAUUACGCUGAGAUCUACUACAAUGAGCUGAUGACCUACCAAACGGACUCCUCUGAUGGCUAUGAGGAAGAGUACCACAAAAAGAAAGUGUAUAUGAGGUGGGAUGUCACAGGUGAUGUGAGAGGGGCAGGCACAGACGCCAAUGUGUUUGUCACUCUUUUUGGAGACUUUGGCAUCACUCCCAAAGUGCACCUGGCCAGCAAAAGCCGAACGGCAUUUGAGAAAAAUAAGACGGACGUGUUCCGGAUUAAAACACACAAUGUUGGGCCCUUGAAGAAGCUGAGGAUUGAACAUGACAACACAGGUGGCUUGAACGCCAGCUGGUUCCUGGACCGGGUCGUGGUGACCGACAUGAACCGUCCACACCUGCGGUUCUACUUCGCCUGCAACAACUGGCUGAGCCGUGAGGAGGGGGAUGGCCUGUAUGUCAGAGACCUGCUGGGCAGCCUCAACCCCAUGGAUGUCCCCAAACUACCAGCCGGCCCCAACAGCCCCGUUGUCAUGUCCGAUAGUGACCCUGCUGAGUGGGCUGAGCAGCGCAGCAAUCUCCACGUUGAAGAUAUCGAUGAGCCCCCGCUCGAAUGCUCCACCCUCCAGGAACACCUUGCCACUGUUCUUCAGGCCCUUGGUGCCGUGCAUGAUGAUGUGGAUCUUAGAAUGAGACGGAACCUUUUCGCAGUACCAGCCGGCCCCAACAGCCCCGUUGUCAUGUCCGAUAGUGACCCUGCUGAGUGGCUGAGCAGCGCAGCAAUCUCCACGUUGAAGAUAUCGAUGAGCCCCCGCUCGAAUGCUCCACCCUCCAGGAACACCUUGCCACUGUUCUUCAGGCCCUUGGUGCCGUGCAUGAUGAUGUGGAUCUUAAGUUGGUGCCACCACCCUCACGUUGCCCGUCAUCACCUGGACAUUGUACACCACCGCUUUGGCGAUCCAGUGACAGUGUACUGCCCAUUCACAGGGAUUGAGCAGACGUUUCCCUGUUGCAAGUGGCUGGAUGAGGACGAGGGUGACGGACUGAUUGAGAGGGAGCUGUACGAGAUGGUGUCCCUCAGGCAGAAGAAACUUAAGAAGUACCCGUGGUCACUGUGGAUCUGGACGUCGGACGUGAAGGGGGCAGGGACGGACGCCCAGGUCUUCCUACAGAUCUACGGUGAUAAGGGCAAGUCAGAUGAGAUGAGACUGGAGAGCAACUCAGACAGCUUUGAGCAGGCUCAGCUGGAUAAGUUCAUGAUUGAAAUGCCAGACAUUGGAAAACUGACGAAGGCCCGUAUCUGGCACGAAAAGAGACAUCCUUUCGCAGGCUGGCAUUUCGCUAGGGCCACGGUGAUGAAGACUCUGACAAGGGAGAAGUACUCGUUUAACUGUGGCCGCUGGCUGGACAUCAACGAGGACGAUAAUGAGAUCGUCCGAGAGCUGCCAGCCACCGGAGCUCUCAUCCCAGAGCCGUUACUACUCCUGAAGUAUCGCAUCACCAUCUGUACUGGGAGAGUGAGUGGAGGUGGAACUGAUGCCAGCGUAUUCCUUAAUGUGAUCGGGGACCUGGGAGACACAGGGGAUCGACUCAUGUUCCUCAGCAAAAACAAUGUCAACAAGUUUGAAAAGGGCAACGCCGAUGAGUUUCUGACCGAGGCGGUGUCGUUGGGGCAGGUGCGCAGGGUGCGUAUCGGCCAUGAUGGGAGGGGUGGAGGCUGCGGUUGGUUCCUGGAUAAGGUGUUGGUCAGGGAGGAGGGCCAACCAGAGUCUGCGGCCAUAGAGUUCCCCUGUAACAGGUGGUUGGACCGGAAUGAGGACGAUGGACAGAUCGUUCGUGAGUUAGUGCCAGCAGGAGAUGGUCUGCGUCUCCACAAUGUCAACUACCAUAUCUCGGUGAAGACAGGCAACAUCAAUGGGGCCAGCUCGGACUCCAAGGUGUUUGUUAAGUUGUACGGAGAGAAGGGCGACACCACGAGGAUACUCCUGGUGGUCUCGGACAACGACCUGAGUAACUACUAUGAGACGGGCCAAACUGAUAUCUUCACCGUCGAGACCUAUGACAUCGGACAAAUCCACCGUCUGCUGAUAGGCCACACUAACGAGGGUCUGCGUGCUGGUUGGUUCCUGGACAGUGUCCAGAUCAUUGUUCCGGUCCAUGGGAAGCAGUACCAGUUCCCCAGCCAUCGCUGGCUCUGUAAGGAUGAGGCUGAUGGCAAGGUGGAGGUGGAGAUCUAUCCCAGCGAGACCCUGGACAUCGAGAAACUGAUUAACUACGAGGUCACAGUGGUCACGGGGAACAUGCGCAAUGGUGGCACCAACGCCAAUGUGUUCUGCCAGAUCUACGGAGAGGAGGGCAAGACCGAGCUCAUCAGCCUCAAGAGCCGCUCCAACAACUUUGAGCGCGGGACCACAGAGAUCUAUAAGAUCGAGGCGCUGAACGUGGGCAAAUUAUUCAAAAUCCGCAUCGGGCACGAUGGUUCGGGCGUGAGCGACGGGUGGUUCCUUGAGACGGUGGACAUCAAGCGGCUCACUAUGGCCAUGGUACAGAGGGAAGUGGUGAAGGAGAAACCGAAGGAUGACAAGAAGGACAAGAAGAAGAAUAAAAAGAAGAAGAAAGAGGAGGACGAGGAGGAGGAGUACGUGACGGAGCUCCAGGAGGUGGUAGAGAGCGUGACGUUCCCCUGUCAUCGCUGGCUGGCCCGCGACGAGGAGGACGGGGAGAUCGUGGUGGAGCUCCUACCCGAGGACCCCGGAGACCUGGAGGAGAACUCCUAUGAGGUCCAUGUGUUUACUGGCCCCAUGUGGGGAGCCGGAACCGAUGCCAACGUGUACAUCAACAUCUACGGAGAGAUCGGUGACACGGGCGAGCGGAAACUAAGAAAGUCCAACAACCUCAACAAAUUUGAGAAGGGGCAGGAGGACGUGUUCUCCAUGCAGGCCAUCGAUCUGGGCAUUCUGAAGAAGCUGAGGAUUCGUCACGACAACAGCCAACCUCAUGCUGCCUGGUUCCUGGACAGGGUGGAGAUAGUAGACAACAAAGACGACACCACGUACUACUUCCCAUGUAAACGGUGGCUGGCCAUCGAUGAGGAUGACGGACAGAUUGCCAGGGAGCUGGUCCCUGUGGACGAGGCCUUUAUGAAGAAGGGUGAGGAUGAUGAUGAUGAUGAUGAUGAUGACGAGGAAAACUCCAGUGCAACACUCGGCCUGGAGCAGAAGGCCAUGUCCACCACCUUCACAAUGAGGGUAAAGACUGGAGACAAGAAGUACGCGGGCACUGAUGCCAACGUGUUCGCCAUCCUGUAUGGCAUGAAGGAUGAUACAGGCAUCAUAAUGCUGAAAGCAUCCAAGUUACAUAAGAAUAAGUUUGAGCAGGCCAUGAUUGAUGAGUUUACAGUGGAAGCUGUGGAUAUUGGAACACUGAAGAAAAUACGCAUAGGGCAUGACAACUCAGGGGCAGCAUCAGGCUGGUUCCUGGACUGGGUAGAGGUGGAUGCCCCCUCCCUGGGCCAGAGGCUGAGGUUCCCCUGUGGUCGCUGGCUGGAUAAGGGAGAGGACGACGGGGCCAUUGUCAGGGACCUCUUCCCUGCAGACCUCCAGACUGAGCUCUACACACCAUUUGUGCCCUAUGAGAUCAAGACGUUCACCAGUGACCUGUUUGCAGCGGGUACAGAUGCAGAUGUGUUCAUCGUGCUCUACGGCCGAGACGGGGUGUGCACCCAGCAGAGGUCUCUCUGUGUCAACAAGAGGGAGAGGACCAUGUACUUUGAGAGGGGAGCUGAGGACAUGUUCAUCGUUGAGUUGGAGGACGUGGGUGAUGUCAUAGAGAAGAUCCGUAUUGGUCAUGACAACAGAGGGCUAAACGGAGGCUGGCACCUGGACAGAGUGGAGAUCAGACGACUGCUGAGGAAGGGGAAGGGGUCGGAGACUAUUAUCUUCCCAUGUGAGCGCUGGCUGGCCAAGUCAGAGGAUGACGGAGAGACAGUGAGAGAAUUAGUACCUUCUGACAUCAUAACGGAGAAACUACUACGAGAUGGUACCCUGAAAGUCAGCGAGGUUGAGGUGGAAGAUGCACUGGAGACUCACACUUACAAAGUGUCUGUGAUGACGGGCGAUGUUUACGACGCAGGCACCGAUGCCAACGUCUUCCUGACCAUCUACGGAGACCUGGGAGACACUGGCGAGCGCAAACUCAGCAAGUCUGAGACCAACGGCAACAAGUUUGAGAGAGGAGCGGUGGAUAAGUUCACCAUUGAGGCGGUGGACCUGGGUCAGGUGUUUAGAAUGAAGAUUCGCCAUGACAACAGCAUGAUGAGUGCUGAUUGGUACCUGGACCAGGUGGAGGUGGUUGACGAGGAUACGGAGGAGGUCUUCCUGUUCCUGUGUGAGCGCUGGCUGUCCAGGAAGAGAGAGGACAGACGCAUCGAAAGGAUGUUCUAUGUCAAGGGUUACGAGGGGGAGAGGGAGUCUAUCCAGGGCAGUAAGAAGAGCUCAGCCCUGAUCAUGAAGAGUGUGGACAGCAACAUGAACAAGAAGAAGAAGAAGGGGGAGGACAUCCAAAAGGAGAGCACCAUCAUCCCAUACCACUUCACCAUCUCCACGGGGGCAGAAAACGAUGCCAGUACCUGCAGCAGGGUCUAUGUGAUCAUCAUGGGGCCAAACCACACCCAAACACAGAGGCUGUGGCUGGACCUGCCUGGGGGGAAGAAGUGCUUUGAGUCUGGGUCUCUGGAGUCCUUCGAGGCUCAUGGAGCUGACGUUGGUGAGAUUAAAAAAGUGGAGAUCAUCUAUGAGGUGACGGUGGUGACGGGAGAUGUUCAGAACGCUGGGACAGACACCCAGAUCUACGUGUCUGUGUUUGGGACCAACGGCACCACAGAGGAGAUCCUACUGCAGAAGAACGAGGACAGGUUUGAGCGAGGUCAGGAGGACACGUUCAGCCUGGAGGUCGAUGAUAUUGCUCCCCUGAGGAAGAUGAGGGUCCGUAUUGACGGCUCUGGUAGCCGACCUGACUGGUUCCUGGCUAAGAUCAUCAUGCGUAACCUGACCACAGAGGAGGUGUCAGUGUUCACCUAUGAGGAGUGGCUGUCUAAGACCAAAGGACCCAAGAGGACCAUGAUCUGUGAGAUGGCUGCUGUGGUAGACGAGGAGGAGAUGGUGGAGAUCACCACCUACAUUAUCCAGGUCAAGACCAGCGACAUUGGAGGGGCAGGCACUGACGCCAACGUGUGGAUCAUUGUGUUUGGAGAGUGCGGUGACACUGGGACCCUGGCGCUGAAAGAGUGCCAGAAAUCCAACAAGUUUGAGCGCAAGCAGACAGAUGUGUUCCGUUUCCCUGACGUGCUCAGCCUCGGGGAGCUCUCUAAGGUUCGGGUGUGGCACGACAACUCAGGGCCUGCUCCAGGAUGGCACAUAGAAUACAUUGAUGUGAAGGAUGAGGCCUUGGACAGGACAUUUCGCUUCCCCUGCGACCGCUGGUUGGCCCAGAACGAGGACGAUGGUCAGAUCAUGAGGGAGUUGUCCUGCGCCAACAAUGACAUUUUAGACCUCAACGAGAAGACCAAAUAUGAAAUUAUUACCACCACGGCGGACACAGAUGACGCAGAGACCAAAGAGAACGUCUGGAUCGCACUGGAGGGGAAGAAGGGGCGUUCAAAAGAAUUUAUGAUGGAGAACUCAUCAAAGAAAAAGAGGUUCUUGCGGGGAAACAAGGACAAGUUUGAGUUCUCCUCCAAACAGCUUGGUGACAUCGCUGGCAUCUGCCUGGGCCACACCCCCAAGGAUGGGAAGAAGGUGAAAGGUGAGGCGUUCUGGCACGUGGAGGAGGUCGUUGUCAUAGAGAAAGUGCUGGGCAACAGGUUCAUAUUCAUCUGCAACGCCCUGAUCCCCCUCUCCUCGAAGAGGGACGAGUUUGUGACCAUCGAGUGCACCAAGGCCAUCGAGAGCUUCGCCAGCAAAGCACGCAGCCUGGUGCCUGUCAAGUACGAGAUCAUCCUCAUCACGGGCGACGAGAAGGGGGCAGGCACCGAUGCCAAUGUCUUCAUCACCAUCUACGGCUCCAACGGAGACUCGGGCCGCCGGUCGCUACGUCAGAAGUUCCGCAACCUGUUUGAGCGUGGCCAGACGGACCGCUUCCUGCUAGAGAUGUUGGACAUGGGUGAGCUGCUGAGGGUGUGUGUGGAGCACGACAACACCCGCCUUAGCCCCGGCUGGCUGCUGGACCGCGUGGAGGUCACCAACACGGCCAACGGUGUCACCACCAUCUUCCUGUGUGGAAAGUGGCUGAACACCAAGAAGGCGGACGGACAGAUCUUCAGGGUCCUCUACCCAAAGUACUAAAGACCUCAUAUUGAGACUUCUCUACUAUAUGAAAACGUAUGUUAAGCCUCAGGACUCAAUUGCACAGCAAAGGAUAGAGGCCUCGCCGUGUGUUGGACUCUACCCAAGCAACUCCGUAAUGGAGAGAUACAAACUCUUUGAAUGGAGUUUGGAUGUGGGCAACGGUUUAUUUUUUUAUUGCCUCUAUAUGGUCAUGAUCUCAGGAAAGGAAAAUGUUUAUAUUUUUCUUACUACAUUUCUAGAAUAUCUUAUAGUUUAGCUUUAUUGCAUUACUACCGAAGGCAAGUGGCCUGGCGUUUAUGGCUUAAACAGAAUAGGGUCAUAAGGCCAGGUAACAUGAUUGUGCCACCAUUUUAAAAGUACCUAUUAUCAGGAAUGGCAUGUUGCUCAGCUGCUUGGUUGUAAAUUAGGUUUUAUAAGAGAGUAUACUAUUUUGUACUG